AUGUUGGGUGUGGGAGAAGAGGGUGAGGUGGGUGUCACGCAAGUCCAACUGACGCGUCGUUUCCCUCUGUCCCUCCGUUGCGACAGACAACCUGCUCCUGACGGUUAUGGUGACUUUCCGCUUCACAGCUGCAGUAGGUGGGCUAUCUCGUGAAAUGUUGACCGAAAUUCUGAAAUAUGUUUUUUUGACUGGAAAAGCUUAUUUAGGUAGAAUUGUAAUAUUGGUUAUCGUGUAGUAUAGUCCUACGACAUUUUAAUCACGUCAGGAUGCCGCUUUUUGGAUGAGCUUCUUUCCGGCCGCCUGCAGGAACUGCAGUCUAUAAGAAAGAAUAAACUUUUACCUUGGUUUCCCAUUGCCUUAUAAAUUCGACUAUAUGACACAAGAAACAUCCACAAAACUACUCUCUCUUAUACUUAUUUGCUUGACGUUUUCAAAUUUUCUGCCUUAAGGGGGAGCAUCUUUCGGUUUUAAAAACCUCAAUUUUCGAACACUUGUUGUUGUUUCCAAACUAUGUGCUGUAUACAUUCGUUUACGCUGUUAUGAAGAGGUCAUCCAGGACUUAUGAAGUUGCGCAGUGGAUACAGACCAUGACGUAUACUUUAUAAGUAGCGUUACUAAACGUGCCGAUGCGAUGCUGUAUGAAAGGGCAUUUCACGGUCUUAAGAAUCUCAUUAGUAGAAACUCAUUAAAACCCGCAGAUACUCUCUCUCUUCAUGUAUAACGUUUUAAAACGCCAUUUUUUGCAAUAUGAGUAACAGAAAGGAUACUUUAUGUAUGUUUCCUAUUUAAAACAUUUGAAUUUUGGGGGGCAGGAAAAAUAGUUAGAAAAAUGCGUGUCACUUACGUAGCCGUUUUCCGCAAGAUGCAUUUUCUUCAGACGGCCGAAAAGAAGCUCUUUCAAAAACGGGCAUCCUGGUCUGAUUGAAAUAUGUUAGGAUUAUGCCGCACGAUAGUUAAUAUUACAACCCUGCAUUAGUUAUCUUUUCGAAUCAAAAACACAUUUCAUAAUUUCGGUUAGCAUUUUAUGCGAAAGCACAUCUGCCGUACCAUUAAAAAAUUACUAUUUCUUAGACAAGUUUAAAUGCACGACGUCGCUUUGUUGGGCUCUGCCGAGCAUUCUGUUAGUCGAGUUCUCGACCGUCAAGGCGUUGAUACAAGUAUAGUUCAUGGUGUCGUAGACCGUCUGGUCCACGUAAAGCUUGUCAAGCAUAUUCACUGCGUUCAAGCGACGCAGAUGAUGAUGUCCAAAAUUUUCAGAGGACCCAGCACUGACUGAUUGGACGACUUAUGCGCCUUCCAACUUGCUCUCUUCCCACAUCUGUGGUGUUGCAGUGUAAAGACAUGAUCAAGACAACUGAAAUUGUACUUAGGUCUUGGUUUAUGAUGCUAAACAGCCCGUGUAGGUUUUCCGCGCGCAGCUUAUGUGGGGCAGCCCCUGAUCUCACAUGCGUGGGAAUUCCAUAAAGGUCACAUUGGGAAGAGGCCAUCGCAGCCAGCUCCUAAAUUCCGAGUAUAUUCGAGUUGUCUUGUCAGUUAGCAACAUCCUAAACCGCCCCUGUCAAUGCACCAUUAUGAUUAAAAGUUACAUUUGUUUUCAGCAAGGAAACUAAACGUCGAAUCCAAGUUAGAUCGGCCGUUCAUUUCCUUCUUCCAUGAGCCGCGGUCGAGAGUGAAAGCAUCUGCUGGCGUUCCUACCACACGCUUGUACUGCAACAGUUAAAGACUCCAGGUGACCUGGUAGUACCUGUAUAACGUGCAUUUCCGGUUAGCGCCAAAGCAGCGAAGUCCUCUUGGCGUAAGUACGAUGUAGAACAGAUGUCGAUUUUUUCCCUCCAGUUAAUCAAUAGGUCACAGUUCAAUAAAGUUUUUCGUUAUGCAGAUGUAUUACACAGGCAUGAAUGUCUCUUUACACUAGCUGAAGACUGUUUCAGGAAAUUCGUGCCGAAACUAGUAGAAUAUGAAUAUCAAAGAAUUUUUGGUGUCCUAAGUAAUAUCUAAGUCUGUCUGCGUUUAUCCACCAGGGACUCCAUAAACGCUGCCCCAGUUAAAACCUAUUCACAACGCUUCUUCGGGCAAAAACUGUUUUAUAACGUAUUACCGGGCUCCAGCGAGCUGCACCGUACAUUCACCCCAGACCUCUAGGUUUAUUUUGACCCGGAAACCUCCAAAAAUGAUCUUAUCACCUUCAAGAGAGACAAUGCGUGCGAAGGAUUCCGAUUUGCGUUAUCUCCCUGCUCUGUUCUAUUCCACCUGGCUUGUUGUAAACUCCUUAUUCUUAAAGCCUACUAGCCGAUUAAACGGUCCUUAUGCUUUUAACGUCCGUGGUCCAUUCCACUGUCUACUUUGUAGGAACGCCUUUCACGUUACUGUUUUUAUUAGUAUUUCCAAAUGGUUGCCUAUGGUUCCUUACAUGUUUUAAGACCUGUAGUUCGGCAGAUAUAAUGGACAAGGCUUAGCCAAAUGGGUUCAUAAAUUUGAAUGGGAAUUUACCUUGUGGGUAGUAACCGAUGAAAAUAAGAUUCAUUGGUUGAACAUAAUGGUUGGUUUUUGGUUUUUCUUUCAUUUGUUCUUAAAGUUACUCCAAUGUGACUUUUGCUUAAUUCAUCAAAUUAUUCUUUUAGCCAGGUCUUCGUCUAGAGAAGAUGGACACGACUGCUAGACUGCAUCCUCCCCUCCCAAAGCCGCCGAUGCCAACCAUAAAACCAGAAAGUCCUGGUAGGGUCUCCUAUUGCUAGUCCACCUUUAUUCCCUACACAUAAGGCCAUUCAUUUCCCCAGAAUUUUGGUCAGAAGAGCCGAAUGUAAUUUCAGAAACGCAAAAAUGACCGAUUAUCAACACUCCGUAAAUAUCAGUUACUCAUGUCGGAAACUGACAUGGAAACCCUUCAGGUCGCGCCUAAAGUCAUACCACCUGAAAACUCAGCGCGUUCACGGGCCAACAAACACGUGAGCAGGCGCGAUUUAAUUUGGCCGCUAAUCUUCACGCCAUUCUCGCUUUCUACACAUGUUUAGUGGCCAUUUACCACGGCUACCCUGCAGGAAAGAGCUAGUGGAUUUGGUGGUAAACUAGGCGACACGAAUGAAAGAACACCUGACGGACUUGGGAAAUAGAUGACCUUACGCACAUCGGCGUUGAACAGUGGCAGUAACCGGCUCUCUUCUGUAACCAAAACUAAUUCAUUCCCAGAAACAACUACCAACAAGGACUAGAGGCACUCUAAUGUCUGUUUUAAACUUAUUAGCCGUCUUCAACCGGCCUGUCCCAACCACGUUCAUCCAGACAGUGGGCUUGAACUCGGGUUCUUUUCUCAUUGAGUGUCUUCAGGCCCAGCGUUUUGGCAUCCAGCCACGAUCCUGAUGGUCGCGAUAGGGAAUAUCCGACACCGUAGGAUGAACAUUCGAGAAUGGGAUUACGACGUCAAAUGGGGUCAAUAAAUGGCAAUCUUGCGUAAUGGCAACUUUUAGCUAAAACUAUUUCUCUUCCGCUCCUGCCAACUCUCUCUCUUUUUUCCGCUCCUUUUGAAUCUUGCAAAGCCAUGCCGUGCUGUAUGUAGUGGUUGCUUUAGCCGAUCCUGCAGCCGAUGAACGCGGUGCAUAGUUCUAGCCGAGCUUUGGGGCAGAAUAUCCUUUCUGACAAAUCGGAGUGUGCCAAAACAGUUUUUGUAGUCCAGGCAUGCUGAUUUUAUGUUAUUAGUCCUCCCUGCUUUUUGUUUUAUUUUGUCCAUCUUCAUCAUCGUCAUCAUCAUCAGCAGCAGCAUAAUUUUUGUCCGUAGCCGUCGACAAGUUCCCUAUCUACCGCGUUUUGCUCACCAAAAAGACCUCCAUCACCUUUUACUGACCAUUUUCUUACGUCCCUCCUGUUCUUCUUAUUAGCUUUUUCUCUGCUCUUAUUGUUUUGCCGUUUCUCCCCGUGAGUUUCCGUGUUUCUUGGUGGUUUGAUUCGUCUGCACUCGUCCCGUUUGCCGUUUUUUCGCGUCAUUUUUGAUAAACUUUUGAUAUUUUUUACCAGCGCCGGACCGCCAUACAUGUCAUAAAUGUGGAAGACGAUACUCUACCACCGGGAUUCUGAAUCGACACAUCCGCGUGACACAUACAGGUAGUUUGUCCUCGGUAUUUGCAAAAGAAUUUGUUUAUGAAAAAUCACGGUUUGCCAACCUGUUUAUUGUAAUUCGUAGAUGUUUUGGCAGAUUUUGAAUAAUUCAUGUUGACCCAACUGUGGAAAACUCGGCGCCUCGGGGGGAUUCGAACCCACGCAGUAGGGGGAAGGCUUUAGUACGGCGUCGUCCGGCGGGGCCUCGUAGCUCAAGUGCUUAGAGCGUUGGGUGUACUAAAGCCUUCCCCUUACUACGUGGGUUCGAAUCCCCCCGAGGCACCGAGUUUUCCACAGUUGGGUCAACAUGAAUUAUUCAAAAUCUGCCAAAACAUCUAGGAAUUACGUGAGCCUGGUAGUCAUCUGGUGGAUUCUAUGUGAAUUACUUAGGAAAUCCUGCUUGGCCAAUCAACUUACUGUAUCAGAUUUGGUGGACUCCAGACGUUGAAGUAAGUUGGGCGGGUAACUUGACCCAACUGUGAUUAAACUCGCGUCGUUCGGCGGGGCCUCGUAGCUCAAGUGGCUAGAUCGUUAGCUGAACUAAAGCCUUUCCCUUACUGCGUGGGUUCGAAUCCCAACGAGGCGCCGAUUUUUCACAGUUGGGUCAAUAUGUUUAUUGUAAGUCAAAAUUUGAUAUUGCUUUCUCUCUGUUAUCGCCCGUGAAUUGAUCAUUCCUUAUGUUCUUGAAAAAACAACUGUUUCCAAAGUUACGGUGCCAUGCUUUCGUUAGUACGCUAUUGUCUGCUGCAGGCAUGACAGUGUUUGUCUGGGAUAUGCCUCGAUCCCAGAGCGACUCCCAAGAACAGCCUUGGAGUUCAGCUAAGUCAGACUAUCCGACCGGGUGCGAAAACGCGUACUGGAGGCUUGAUGUUUCGCAGGAAGCCAUUUGUCUGUGCGUGACGGUUGUUUAGCCGAACGCGAUGGAAUGUACUUCCCUUCAGCGGCAUUGGCCUUCUGGACGUCCAGCCGUAGGAAGAGAAAAGGACGAAGAGCAUAGCCAUCUAUUUGCAGCUUGACUGAGACAUUACAUGGUGCCAUUCGAUUGGGUGAUAGUUUCCUGUGGUUUUGUAUUCUUGUAAGUGAGCGCCUCCAUUCACCCCUUCAGGCCACUCGACUCCACGAUUAUGCCGACGACGAUGGGAGCAUUGUUCGACAGUUGGCAACGUUAGUCAUAUAAUACCUUUUUAGCUUGCAGCCCUUUUAACGGUUACCGAUUUACCGGGUCGGUGGCCAGCCACGUCUUCAAAGUAAUUCAACUGCACAGUUCAUGGCCUCCUACUGAUCUCUUAGCCGUUCUUCUCUGAAGACCGUCCCGCAAUCUGCCAGUUGUGAGCUCAAAAAUCAGCCCGUAAGUUGCCCAACGGGCAGACACCUUCGUGAAUUCUGUGCGUGCAACGUCCUCCCCUACCUCAGAUCUUCUUGACUCUGUCUUCGCAUCGGGUCCAGGUGGGGAUUAUGGAAGAGAGCGAGUGCGGUGGACGCUGCGCAAGUCUAAUAUCGCUAUGAACGAAUUCGCACACAAGUCACCAUGCCUGCUGCACCUUGCUGUGUAACGCACGGUGGACAUUGUCGGACUCGACGGUCGAACUGUUGGACGCUUUUCACGUCCUACUGCGAACAAUGACAGUUCGACGAUCGAUUUCGACGAUGUCCACCUUGGGCUCCGCAACAGGGGUGAGAACAGGAAUGGUGGCUUACGCGUGAACUAACUGAUAGUGAUAGUUUACUUACGGUGUAUCCACCGCACUCUCUCCUUUCCCCACACCUUGGCCUUGCGUUAAGACAGAAUCAAAAAGACCGGAGGCAGGAGAAGCCGUAGGUGACUGGCGCGGCGUGAACCCGCACCUAGGCGUACCACCACACCCCCUGGUCCACACUGUACACUGACCAGAAUUUUAUACUAGAACAAAAUAAGGGGCGACUCGGAUCCUACGAAGUGGGAGUGCCGUAGGGGCCACAUUAAGAAGGAGCAUUGCAGCCUGACCCUCAGUCCACCAGUCGGUCACUCCUCACAAACAUGCACACUGGACUGACUGUGUAGUCCGAGUUAGCGUGUCAGUUGGUAACCUCCUAAACCACGACUUUUAGCUUCAAGCGCGUAUGCCUGUUUAUUGUUAGGAUACUGCGCCGAGACUUCGACCUCACUCUCUAUCUCCAUUCCCAGGCCCCAACCACUGUCUGAACCGGUCAGUUGUCUGGUGCGGGGAAUGGAGCCAGUGGCUGACAUAGCUACCGACCUCGUCUGCGCAUGCCACAUACGCUCGACCUGGCCCUUCAAGCACAAGUACGGGGAUUUCACACAAAAGGGAACCGCAGGCAGUGGGUCUCUUGGAUGCCGGUGCUUUCACUAGUCCCAAAACCCGCUUCCUUCUCUACCGGGUGAAUUCUUCUCAGCCACUGCGUUUUCACCAUGCUAACCUGAUCGCAAACGCUGCCGUCUGAAAAACAGACACGGUAGGAACGAGAAAGACAGACAGAGCCAGGAGAUAUCUGUCGGUUAAUAGGUUGGUCGUCAAAGUUAUAGCGGCGGCACACUGCAGCAGACUUGACAAUCUUCAUCUGCUUCCUCGUAUUGUGGCCUUUCGGAGGACCCCCUCCCUAAAUAUGGUGGUAGACAUAAGUGUACUCGAGAAUGUGUCAUUUCACUUGCAAGCUCAAUACCCAACUAACCGCCAGAAAUCUCAUUCUGCUCAUCACCUAAUAUAAGUUUAUCUCCCUUAUCUAGUUGUCGGCAGCUUUGAAUGUGAAGCGUGCGGAAGAGUGUACCUCAAUCCAGACAAACUCAAACACCACAUCCAAAGUGUGCAUACAGGUACAGUCAGUCUGCUUUUUUCGUAUUUUUCCUUUUCCUGUUAGUCCUGUCAGCUCCAAAGUCCUUGCCUUAUGUGUAGGUUUUUGCAUUUAACAGCCAGCCCCCCGGUUCGGCCAUCGCGAACGAUAGUAUCCCCUACUGCUUGGCGCGCAAAGAACGUUGACUUUCGCGCGGAUUAGUUUUUAGGGAUAGUGUACUUGCGUAGCAUCUACCGCACCCCCUCCUCCCUCGCCCAUCUGGGCGCGACGACAAGACAGAUUCAGGACGACCGGAGACGAGAUCGGGCGCAGCGGCUAAACACCCCAUCCACGCGUGCCAUACACGCCAUGCCUGCGCACUAUGGAACAUGUUUUCCCAGCAGCAAGAGCGUAGCUCGAACCCCAUCUGGAUGAGAGUGCCACAGAGCAGAGGGAGCCAUGACAGUCUGACUCCCAGUCCGGAGAGAUCUGAACUACCCAGCCGGUUGGCAGCGCCCCAAGCUACGAAUCUUAACCUGUCAGAUUGAUUAUAAUGCUGAAUUCUCUGGAGUGCCAUGAGGAUGGGUUCUCCAGACUCGACCUCGCUCUCUUUUCUCUCUCUCUCUCCCUUGUAUCAAUCGGCCUUCUGAGCCUGUCUACAAUCUGGUGCCGCGACCGAGCACAAGCGGCUGGUGCGGAGUGAGCCUCCGCCUGGGCGUGCCACCCCCUGCGUUGCGACAGACAUGGGAUGCGCGGACUCUGUCUGGCCCAAUUAGCGCGCGCUUUACCCCAGUCUAACCCACGUUGUGAUCCAUCGUAUCUACAGCGUAGCCCUUAAUGACAGCCUAUACAACCAACCCGCAUAAGCGUACGAAAUCACCCUCUGCUUACUUGAGGACGGAUGAUAAUUCGCAACACUGUUAAAUUUCUCCGCUGUGGAUAUUGCUGUUGUUUGUCUUGAAAAUCAAUCGUUAUGCCCACCGGAUCAGCCUGUAGUGGCUGAGGUGGGAAAUAAACAGAUGAAGACGCCCGAAGAACAUGUCUUGGUAAGCAAUGCCAGGCAUCUUCGCCAAAGUCUUCUUUAACUUUCAAAAUGUCCGACCCCACGCAAUCCGAUCUCUCAUUAAUUGUAUGGUUUUCGGCGUUAAUUCCGCGCUGCAGAGUCGGAAGCGUAAAUCCCUUGUGUCGGCCCCAAUCCUCCUUGACUAGAAGGGGACAGGGUUUACGGAUAAUCUACAGUUACCACAAAAUGGCCAUGUUAAUAUGUCACCUUUGAUCAUUACUUCCAUCAUGUCCCACCCGUACGACGGGGUAUCUACAGCGUGCAAGCCUUCAGGCAACACUGUGUAUUCACAAUCGAAGGAAAGUGAAACGGCUCUCAGCGAAUACCAACCGCGAAAUAAGCAUGUCCUCGUCGCUGAUGAAUGAACCGUCGCACAUCAUGCAGCGACAAUAGUGUUUUCCCUCAUCCAGCAGAGUCUCCCUCACCGUCGGCACAGUCGUGCAACCUGAUGUGCUGGAGGACGUCCGCCUUCGAAUCCAGGAAAUCAUGCCUCAACCAAACCGACCAACUAACGGCUGCUCGAUGGUUUUUUAGACUUCUAGGGGGUGACUAUAAUUGUCACACUGCUUCUUUCGGUCGAAUGUAAAUGGUGCCGAAGGGGACAACCUUUCCGCGUAACAACAAUGCGCAGAAAUGGUUUUUCUACCAAACACCACCGACACCAACAGCUUGUUGCAUAUGGCUGUUGAUAGUACCUUGUAACCGUAGAACCUGUACACUAAAUAUUUGGCUCAGAGGACGCCGGACUUGAAAUCCUUGUUAGCACCGUGAUGACAUGAGAAUAAGGCAUAUGGUUAUUCUUCCUUAGGAUACGUGAUCGUUAAAUUGAGCUUCAUUACUCAGACAUCGACAAUUUCACCAGACAGCAGGUCAUUUUCAUGCGACCAGAAAGCUCACGAACAAUAAUUGUAUGCAUUUAUCAAUAAGUAUCCUUUACAAUUAGUUACUUCUCAAGUUCAUCUUAUUCUUACGCAGAUCUGGGCAGCUUUGAAUGUAACGCCUGUGGGAAGAUAUUCUACCUGUCCAGAAGUCUCAGGCGGCUUAUUCUGGAAGAAAAUUCAGGUAAUUGGUACCGUUUACAGUUCAGCCCCUUUGCUUUGGACCCCUAUCGACAAAGACAAGAGAAACUUUGUCUUGCCGGUAAGGAUAUUCUGCCUAUAUCACGCGUCGGUGUGCGGCUGCUGGUUGGGCUCGGGAGAAAGCCCCAAAGCACAACGGGACGGAUGAGUUCCGUAACACGAUAGGCAAGCGCCACCAACCAUCCUCUUCAUAAUCUGUAAAAGAAGACGAAGAAGAAAAAGAGGCGACUUUAUGGACUACGCUGUGUUUGAGCUGACGUUUCGGAAACUCCCUCGGCCCUAUUAUCAGAGUUGUGGGGUGUUUGUUCCUGUUAGCCCAGUGUUGUUCUGUCUCGUGUUAUAGGCAUGCCUGAUGCACGAACUCUGACCUGUCUGCUUCGAUCUCUCCGUGGCCGGCCGCUGGGGCGCCCGUGUGACCUCUGUCCCCCGCCCGGCCGUCGUUGUUGCUGCUAGGUCCGUGUGCCUGUGGGUACUCCCCUCAUAACCUGAUUGGCUGAUUAGCUGCCGUCGCAUGUGUGAAUCGCGUUCGGUCGUGUGAUCCCCCCCCCCCUCCCCGGCUGGCUCUUUCCCCUGCUCUGAAGGUGACAACUAUUGAGAGAGCCGCGACUUGUUCGCCAGUGCUGUCGGCCCCAUCUGGACUGACUGGAGCCUCGUACAUAGCGCCCGGUAGGCCGCAUGAAGAUCAAUGUCUCUGUUGGCUGUGCCAACUGAGGACAAACUUGCGAGAAGCAGUCUGGCCAUCUUAUCGCUGGCUCGACCGACGGCGUUUGCCUCCCCAAAGGCGAAACUGUGUUUGCCCUGUUGUAUACGGUCAUAUACCUGUGACGGCUUGUUUUCUUGGUUGACUGCAAGGUGGUGCUCAUGCAAUCCUGUACAGAGGCGUUUGCCCGUUUCACCAACAUACCUUGCACUACAAUUUUGGCAAGGUAUGCUGUAGACCACUGCUGAUUGUUCCGUUGCCGAUAGCUGGUCAUGGGGUCUCAUUAUCUGCUGCCUGAUAGUGAAUUCAGGAGUCUAGUCUUAUUUUGUAUCCGCACCUUCAGUACACGAGCCCCAGCCGCCUGUCAUACGGGACCGGUGGUAAUAGGGGGGUUUCCCAAAUCCUCCUAACUCCCAACUCCAACCCCAACCCCUGACCUUACGCCUAACCGUAACCCCUAACAGAUGCGUCUACGAAAUAUGAUCUUAUCGACUCCGGUUUAUGGGCCACCUGCCUUGCGAGGCAGAAGACCGAGCACUUCUGAGAAUGUGGAGGGUGACGGAUAUCAUCACCCUGUCCGCCGACAAGGGGCGCUCGACGGUUGUCAUGGAAAGGACCGAGUACAGGACGAAACCGCAAGUUCUGGAGGAGGACGAAGUUGCCUACGAGCUUUCGGAGACUGGAGAUUUCAAGAAGCGCGUGAACGGUGUUAACAGGGCGAUAUACAAGUUGAAGAUGACAGGGGCCCUCAUGAGGAAGGAGGUAAUGACCGCAAAAGUCUCCGAUGCCGCCAUAGCGCUGUUCUACGGUCUGCCAAAAGUGCAUAAACCUUUGACUGUCGAAAUGGCUUUACCAACAUUCCGUUUCCUGACCGCGGAUUCGGAAUGGACUGUGAAGUCGGCCGGACCGUUCCUGAGGAGUAUCAGGCAUCUAGAAGAUGCUUUCGUUUGACAUGGUCUCCUUAUUCACCUCCAUUCCAACCGACUUUACCAUCAGCACCAUUGACGAGCUUCUUCAGGAAAAGUAUGAGGAAAGUGAUUAACGACUUAAACGAACACACGUCACCGAACUCCUGGAAUUGUGCCUGAGAACUUUCUUCACUUUCAGCAAUCGGGUUUACGAGCUAAAGAAGGAAACACCGAUGGGCUCCCCGCUGUUUGGGCUGAUUCUCAAGGCUGUUCUGCAGAGACUCGAACGACUGGUCGUCCUUUCGCACUCCCCAGGAUUCUGGGCCAGAUACGUCGACGACACAUUUAUCGUAAUCAAGAGGAACGACGUUCAGGACUUCGAAGUCUUAUCGUCAUCCAAUUUACAAUGGAGGAGGACAACAACAUCCAUUUGCCCUUCCCUGACAUGAACGUCACAAGGAUGGCUAAUGGGGAGGUCAGAACUACGGUAUACCGAAAGGCAAUAAAUACUAGACUCAUCCUCCAAUACUGGAGUAACCACCCCCUUGGUCACGAACGCAGUAGUGACGACGAUGGGAGGAGGGAAGAGGCGAAAUACCUGCAUUCCCUAUUUUAAGGCCAAUGGUUACCCACGAUUCUUCAAACGUGGGUGUAUAAGAGGACUUACCUGCGAAAGAUCUAAAGAUGAGAAGCCUAACUUAUGACUCGCAAUCCCCUAUGUGCGGAAUAUUUCUGAGGCGAAAGCAGGAAUCCUGAGCCAUUUUGGGAUUGGGGUGGCCCAUAAACUGGAAUCCACUAUCGCGUAGCAGAUAAUGAGACCCAAAGACCAGCUACCGGCAACGGAACAAUCGACAGUGGUCUACGGCAUACCUUGCCAAAAUGUUUGUCCAAGGUAUGUUGCUGACACGGGCGAACGCCUCUGUACAAGAUUGCAUGAACACCACCUUGCAGUCAACCAAGAAAACAAGCUAUCACUGGUAUAUGGCUCCAUACAACAGGAAAAACACAAUUUCGCCUUUGGGGGGAGGGGGGGGGGCAAGCGUCGUCGGUCGAGCCAGCGAUAAGAUGGCUAGACUGGUUCUCGAAAGUUGGUCCUCAGUUGGCACAGCCAACAGAGACAUUGAUCUUCAUCCGGCUUACCAGGCGCUACGUACGAGGCUCCAGUCAGUCCAGAUGGGGCCGACAGCACUGGCGAACAAAUCGCGGCUCUCAGUAGUUGUCACCUUCAGAGCCAGCCCGGGGGAGGGGGGGGGGUCACACGACCGACGCGAGACAUCGACUCACCGACCCACCGACGCACCCAAACAGCCGAACGCGAUUCACACAUGCGACGGCAGCUGCUCAGCCAAUCAGGUUAUGAGGGGAGUACCCACAGGCACACGGACCUAGCAGCGACGACGGCCGGGCGGGGGACAGAGGUCACACGAGCGCUCCAGCGGUCGGCCACGGAGAGACCGAAGCAGGCAGGUCAGAGUUCGUGCAUCAGGCAUGCCUAUAACACGAGACAGAAUAACUCUGGGCUAACAGGAACAAACACCUCACAACUCUGAUAAUAGGGCCGAGGGAGUUUCCGAAACGUCGGUUAAAACGCAGUGUAGUUCAUGAAAUCGCCUCUUUUUCUUCUUCGUCUUCUCUAAGGGCGGAUGAGGAAAGAGAGGGUGCGGUAGGCGCGGAGAAAGUCUGCCUCGUUAUUUAACGAAUUCACGCGCUAGUCACCGGUGUCACGCCCACUCAAGCACACGGUAGAAGUCUUCGUUCGUGGCAGUCGAACUGCCAAGGUUUUUAGUCAACUCGAGUCAUUACUCCCCAUACAUUUUUUUGAUUGUGAUCGAUAGGAACGAUUUUUAUGCAGUUUCUGCAGCUUCUAGGACUUAGCACUAGUAACGCUUGCCUAAAGUUUAUUAUUUUUAUUUCAGCUCUGGGAAGCUUUAAUUGUAACAAUUGCGGCAAGCGGUGGCCCACUUCCUUCACACCCUGGCAGCAACAGGAUGAGGUCACCAACUCACGUAUGCUCCUGCCCUGCCUCUUUUUUUCCUCUUUCCCCGUGCCCGACCCGUGGUACCCACCUAGUCUAUAGGUAGACUUGCUUUCACUACCCUAGAAUGGACAUUUUCACUUACAUCACUGCUUACAACAGCAAAGACUACAACGGGGUUGACUGUGGAGGAGGGUUUAAUCAGUACUGAUCUGCUGGCCGCUAACAAAACAUAACACCGCCCCGGACAGUAGGAGUUCAGCUAUGUAUGCAGCUCGAGGUGACUGUGUAUGGAACCACCCAUUGAGGUGCCAUUGGUGUGGAUGUGUUUCCUGCAAAGCAUCCAGACUCAACCGGAUCACUCUGUCAGCCAGCAGACAAGAGGAUCACAUCGUGCGGUAUUCGAAUGUUAAUAUUUCCACUUGCGUACAGGCGCUUGCCCGCCUAACUCCAUUGUGUCACUGGCUCAGGAAAAUUCACAGUUUUGAUGAUGCUUCGUGAGAAUGCAGCCUUGAAGCCUCGCUCGUUCGCCCAUUUUGGCUACCUACCUCGUGUGCCCCAUGACAACUUCAUCGACCGCUAUUUUCCCACCCAACCUCUUGGCAGACGAGGUGGAGGCCGGCAUAAGCUUCGACGGCAUGGACGACCGUAUACUAGCCGUCGUCUGAGAAUGAUGGCUGGUCACAUUUUCUUGCCACGUGACAGUUCGAUCGUCUAUUUCGACGAUGUCCUCCGUGUGCUCCAUAGCAGGAUGAAAGCGAGGACGGUGAUUUACGUGACUUAUGGCGAUAGUAGAUUUGAGUUGAAUAUAACGUACUCUUCCUUUCUCCCCAACCAGGGCUCGAUGUCAAGACAGGGUCAAGAAGACCGGAGGCGAGAGAGGGCGAGGUUGCUGGUGUGGCGAAAACCCGCACCUUGGCGUGCCAUCACACACGCUGGUCCAAAACGGCCACUGACCAGAAUUUUACACCAUCACCAGAGUAGGAGACGCACGGAUCCCAAUUGGCACGGAGUGAAUCGACUCCUGGACGUGCCACCACAUCGCAAUGUUGGCACUUGUUAUCAGUGCGCAUCUCCGAUAACGUCUGCGGGGUUCCCAUCUGACUCCUGUGUUGGUCCAGGGCAUUUAUUGCGUGGCCCGUUGUAGGGGCAAAUAUAAGCUGGAUUGACCUAGAAUAUUGCUACCUCGCACAGACUGGAGGGAAACUAAGGUUAGAAAGCGUCGCCUGUCUUCUAACCUUUAAAGUCUUUCACCUGGGACGGCCAUGCCCUAAUCUACAGGCUGUUUAUGCCGGAUGAGUUUACAGUUGGGAACUGGUGUAUGAUAUCGUAAAUAAAGGGACUUUUUUCUAUUUCUUGUUGAGAAUGGUUGGGGAGCAGCGAUCGUUAUCGUGGAUCCUGUUAACCCGUUCAUACAAUACAAUGGUGUUCGAAAAUCCUACCCACCAUCGCAACUUCAACCUGACCUUUUGAAAUCCCAGGCUGCUGCUGUUCAUCGUAAACAGUCUGAAUAUACCUACCUGUCGUGAAGUUGCUGUGUAACUAUUCGGAACACAUGAUCCUGUUUGAAUCUGAUCCUCCUUGUCUAGAAGUCUCCCAUCAGACCCUUGUCUGAACGACCAGUAAGCAGUCUUAAAGCACCCUUUAAGGCCAACUUUACAACGCCGGCUUCAUUCGACUGCUAUAAGUGGGAGGACUUUUUCGCGCAUAAACAAUUUGGGCAAAAUGCUGAAGCAGCAUUGAGACCGGUGGAUGCUUUGACAGCAGGAAUUUUUGGAAAUUUCUGCAGCCUACGUCAUAUAACUUCACCUGAGCGCCUACGAGUUGUUUUAUCAGUAGGAAGUUGUGUCUGCAUGCAAUUUCCUUGUCUGAAAUCGUAUAUCCUGACCGGGGAGCUAGAGCAGAGAAGUUUUUACAUGAAAGGACGAGGCAACCAAGUGACUUCAGGAUAAGUAACCAUGGAGUUCUCUUAUAUGCUGGUCUCUUCGGCCGAUUGUCACUUCCCAGAAUGAGAAAGCACACGCGUUUCUACUAAUUUCCUUCGUAUAUCGGCGAUGUGGCCCGUUGAUUUGGCUAGUAAUAUGUAUCGAAAGACUUUGCAAGCCAAUUAAAAAGAAGGGCGAGCUUGAGAGAGAGAGAGAGGAGGGGACAGAGAGAUGGUGAGAGUAAAGCAUGUCAGGCGCAGUUAACAACGUGAACACGCUUUCCACAUGGGAUGAUCCUUGGCUGUGAAUGACUGGCCCCUUUGCUAACCAGGUGGAAUUUAUCACAGCCAACUAACAUACUGAUGUAUGUGAGAUGGUACCGACAAAGACAAGGAAGACCGGAGUGGUCAUUUCUGGCUUAUUAGCCGUUAUCAGCCAGUCAUACCUAACCCCAAGUGUGGAUCACUUGAGAUUCGAACACGGAAUCUUUGGUCGUGGGGUUUGACACUCUGCCAUUAAGCCACGGGCCCGUUGUCCUGUCGGUUGUGAUCGGGAAUAUCAGUUAGGACAGAUGAGCGCUCACCGAUCAGGUUACGGAACAUGCUCGUUCCGUUGUGCCUUGGGGCUCAUCCUAGAACCCUCGCAGGCAGUCGCACAGCGACUAGUAGUAGAUGUAGAUGAGAUGGUACCGACACAGACAAGGGAGACCGUAAUGGUCAUUUUUGUCUUAUCAGCCGUCAUCAGCCAGUCAUACCUAACCCCAAGUCUGGAUAACUUGAGAUUUGAACUCGGGAUUUUGGUUAUGGAGUUUGGCACUACCGUUAAGCCACGGGCCCGUUGUCCUGUCGGUUUUAGUCUGGUUGUUGUGGGACAUAACGGCAAAUCCUCUCACAUAGUGCCUGCUUUCGCUGUCGCUGCUGCCGGUAGAAGAUGGAGUCAAGGUCAUCAUUUUCCGGUUACUGCUGUUCCUCAAGUUUUCCAUUGAAAUUGACACAUGUGGGCUGCUCGGUCCUCCAAUAAACUGACUGCUGUCUAGGAGGGGGGAGGGAGUGUUCCUCGUACCCCUGGUUGUUCCGUUUCUUCCUCCAACCUGCUCUUUUAUGCAGGUUUGGACGUGCAACGCCCGCCUAUACCUGUGCGCGUUUUCACCCACGCUACUUGUGUUGUGUUCUGCAGGACUCCCCAGUUUCCCCUGCGAGAUGUGCGGACGCGUCUGCCUGACUGAUAACGGCCUUCGGCGACACAUGCGAAUCGUACACCUUGGUAGGUAUGAUUUCUUCCCCCCCCUCGACCCCAGUGCACUUGUUCUUUAUUUUUACUGCAGUUACUUUGCUGAUGCUGUGUCCACUGUUUUAUUUCUCUCUCAUUCUCCCCCCGCUCGCUGGGUCAGAACAUCUCCCCUAUGAAUGCCGAACCUGUCACGUGAGUUUUGAAAAUAAUAAAAGUCUCAAAAGCCACGUUGCCGACGUCCACGAUGGUAAGUAGUCUUUUUUAUGUGUGCGUAUGUGUAUGUGUGUAUGUAUAAUGGUAGGGGGCUCCCAUCGGUCGUUCUUACGGAACUCACUCGUUCCCUUAUGCCUUACGGGCUCUCUCUCGAGCCCAACCAGCAGCCGCAGAGCGGCGCAUGAUAUAGGCAGUAUGUCAUUAACGACAAAGGCAAGGGAGACUGGAAUGGACAUUUCUGGCUUAUUAGCCGCCGUCAGCCAGUCAUACCCAAUCCCGAAGUGUGGAACACCCGAGGCUCGAACUCGCGACCUGUUUGUUAGAAGUCCACGCCUCUAACCACCGGGCCACGAGCCCGUUACCGUGUCGGUUUCGAUCGGGAAUAUACAAUGUUAGGGGGUGUAUGCAUGUGUUCCCCCCAAACGGUCCACGUGGCAGAUGCGCUGGGCCAACACGGGGGCCAUAUCGGAUCUUGGCAGGCGUUAUCGGAUUUGCGUGCCAUAACAAAUGCCAACAUUUCGGGAUGCGGUGGCGGACCCGGUUGCCGGCGUACGUCGCGCACACUGGGACCCUGCCACCCCCCCCCCAUUCAUUGUUGUUGUCGAUCAGGGGGUGUAGAGUGUGACACCAAGGUGCGGGCUCGACCGUGCUGUCCACCUGCGCCCUCCCCGCCGCCCCCGGUCUUCUUGACUCUGUCUUGACACCGCGUUCAGGUGGGGGAGGAGAGAGUGUGGUAGAUGCUGUGAAAGUCUACUAUCAUUACAAACGGAAUUUUCGCACAAGUCACCGUCCCUGCUCCCACCCUGCUGUGGAGCAUACGGUGGACAUCGUCGAACUAUCGUGUGCUGUUUGGAUGAUGACCUCAUCUAUCGCAUAUGAGUAUCCCAGUGUACCAAAAAUCUGAUUUAGCCACGAUAGAUAGUAGUACCCUGUUGUGUCAGGUGUGCAUCGGUUGUCCUUACCAGGCAAAUAGGGAGAAUUAAAAUCAGUGCCACGCAGUGCUCACUGUAGGAGCGUACUCCCAUGAUGGCCUGCCUGAUGUGCACCGUCUCCGGCGGUCCAGGUGGUGCGGACACUGAUGCCACUUGCUGACUGGUCUUCAUUUGCUGCUGGCCCACCCCGCUCGCACUUCAUCCAGUGCUCUCUACUAGCCGCUUGUGUGCCCCUAGCACAAUUAGUGCUGUUUUUUCAACUCCAUCCUCUUGGAUAUUGAUUAACAGCUCAGUAUUACAGUGGGUUGCAUUCAGUGUUGUAUGCUGUACUUUUGCCUACUUCUUGACUGAAAUUUACAUAUUUUUGACUAAACAGUCUUUAUUACCGACAUUGUGCCUAUAUCAUGUGCCGCUGUGCGGCUGCUGGUUGGGCUCGAGAAAGAGCCCGUAAGGCACAACGGAACGAGUGAGUUCCGGAAGAACGAUCGGUGAGGGUCCCUUCAACCAAUAAACGGCCUUUUAUCGUGUUUGGGUACGCUAGCUGUGAGGUGUAAAGCCGCUUUUCGUUGCGGUCUUGUGACUGCUAAAGCACGCACGCUGCUGCCUCAGUAAUUUCAGAACUCGCAGUCAUCAACAAGUAGCAGACAAGGACAAGAAACAUCUGGUUUUCCGGCUAAAUCAUGAUCUAGCACUGUAGGCUCUGCACCCGUUGGUAAUUUUAGAUUGCCGAAAAUGUCUAAGGCAUCUUGAAUCGCCGCUACCUGAAGGACUUAACUUUCCCGAUGUCGCACUUAUCCCUCAGUUGCAAUAUAACCACUCAUAAGACGAGGAUGCGAUCACUGGAACGAGGAAUUUAUUGGUCUGACGUUUCGGAUUCUCACUCAAAUCCAUCAUCAGAGAGAUUCGCAGAUAAAGGUGAUGGUGACACAAGCAGCGCAGUAUUUAUAGCACGUGGCUGCCGCGGGACCGUAUGCGCACUGUAAUUAACAGCUCUCGUAAUCACCGCUGAGGUCGUAAUUGAUGCGGUGGUGGCUUGUCAGUCCGAGUCCGAGUCGUUAAUUGCCGUGAUUUCGUCAUCCGUGUUGGAUGCUGGUGUGACGAUUGCUUGGCAAAUUGGCUCACUGUCAUUAGGAUAAUUGCCCGCCCGCGCCCUCCUUACAUGACUGAUUCCCCUGCCGGAGGAAUAUCUCAGCACGGAAUAUGUUACCGGGAGAUCAUUGUGCGUUUUGAUGGAUUGUGGGCCUGAGAACCAUGACUCGAGCAGCCCGCCAAAAUUUGGGGCCGGUUGGAUUUGGUCUCUGACGUCGUUUUCGUGUCUGCGAGUGUCUGAUAAUGGAUUCGAGUGAGAAUCCGAAACGUCAGGCCAAUAAAUUUCUUGUUCCAGUGAUCGCAUCUUCGUCUUCUGGACUGCUACCUGGAACUCACCCGUUCGCUUCUGUCAGCAAUAACCACUCAUUUCUAUCUGCCUGUUGAUAUCGAGUUACAUUUUGGUUCCACCACCAUUGUCACCAUUUGUAAGAGUAACCAGUCGCAUGAACUUCUAGCCUCUUCCUACCAACCAAAAUGUGUUUUCCCAUCUGCAAGUUCACGAUAACUACCAAGAAGGGGGACAACAAAGGCCUCUGGGGAGGGUUUCUGUGGCCAUUCUCGCUCUACUAUUGCACUGCAUAGGGUCUGCUUCCCUUCUUUUAGAUCUUCGCCCCUAUGAGUGCGAAAUCUGCGGAAUCCGAUUUAAGCAGCGACGCUAUCUCUAUAGGCACAUUGACCGCGUCCACAGAGGUGAGUUUUUAAUCUUCCGAAUUACCACUAAUUACUCCGCCUAGGCGAAGUCUCAGCACCGAGUAUGGAAGGACAAGCUCAUUGCACUUGUUUAUGGACUGGGGGCCAGUAGACCAUGGUUCAAGUAGCUCCCGGCUCAGUAACUCAGACUAAUAAAGCUCUUGUCCCAGCGCUCGUGUCUCCUUCUUCAAAACUACUUCCUGGGACUCGUCUCUUUGCUUCUAUUGGCAAAGUCGAACUGUGUCCAAUUUUGACUGUGAGAGAGCAAACGGCGUAACAAUAAGUAGGAUCGUUUAAUAUCUCUCAUCACCGCCUCAUGUUCCCUCCAAAAACCAUGCACAUUCUGAGGCAGCCGAGGGCUAGGUUGAAAUAUAAUAACCCCCCCCCCUUUGAAAUCAACACCCAGGCCACACUGUAUUCCCUGCACGCGGCAACUUCCAACACCACUCCGAUGCCAUUUUUGAAUGGGGUUUCCAAUGCCCGCGAGAACGGUAACAUCAUCCAGCUGUCAUCGUUUACAAACAUGCACAGUUCUAAGUUGUACAUUUCGUACUAAGCCCUAAAUCGCGCAAAUGUUAGACCAUGCGUCAUUAUGACUAAAUACAAUGCCAUGUAAACAGAAGUAAAGCCUCAUUAUAUUGUCCCAUAAAGUUACCACGUUUUCUUUUUCUGCGGCUGUAUGGUGUGCGCUCCCAUCAAACAGAUAAGUAUGAUGAGCAUACUUUAAAAUCUAUCAUUUCCGGGGUAGAUUACUGAGCGUCGGCUGGACCGCUAUCGAUCAGGGAAAUGAAUAGGAUGAAUAUACAGUUGAAGUCGAUGACCAGAAGUGAGUGAGUACGUAAGUAACAAACAAAUAAGCCUGGCUCACAGCCCAUUGAAACUGCAGUCCGGAGCUGCGUUUACCUGUGUAGUCCGCUUACGGAAGCGUUCCCGCUUCUUGCGGCUGUCGCCGCCCACAAAGACAAUCUGCAGGGACGUGAAUGGGGAUCGGGGACCCCAUGGGGGGGUUCUUCCGAUGUGUUCGUGCGUUGCGCUCGCCGAAGGACCCCCUACAGCUCUAUCAGCCACAACAUCGAAUCCUGGCACCAGAUGCCUGACAGGUUCAGCCGGUGGACUGGUGCCCGGAGGCGAGAAGAGUUAAUGAGACUUACACCGGGAGAUACAUCCACACUCAACGCACCUCAUCGCACUCUUCGCCAUAGUAAUUUUAAUGCGGUUAUGUCUAUCAGGACGCGCUAUAAAUCGUGACAUGGAGGUCUGCCAACAGAGUGGAAAACUGUCUCCAUGGAAAUUCUUUUGAGUAACUGAAGGCCCGAGAGUCGGGCCACAAUGGCUCCUUUUCAAUGUGGCCUUUUUGGCAUUCUCACUCUUACAAGAUCUGAACCGCCCUUUCAGUACCCUGUCACAUAAAAUUGGGACCUUGUCGUUCGUGAUAGGCUUAGAGAUGCCGUCAGCCACUGCAACUUCACCCGCCUCCAGUGGUCGUGACAUUAUCUUGUCACCGGAACAAGGUGGGUAUUGUGGGGAGUGCGGUAGAUGCUGCGAAAGUCUGUCCCACUAAUUUUUACGUGCGGGAUACCGGUGCUGUCCCCACUCCGCGGCGAAUAUUAUCGCUUGUGACUGUCAAACUGUCAUUGGCUAUUCUUGAUUAUAUUGUCUUAUAUCGUCGGGCUUAAGACCAGACCAAACCCUUUCUGGCAUUGGAGAAGUUAUCCCAUGAAGUCGGACUCGUGUGACAUGCUAUAGACGGGGGCGAAGUAUCAGGCCAACCAUUGCGGCUGAGGUCUUUGCCAGCCACGCCUAGCCAGCCCCACAAUAGAUGCACAAUGUGAGAUGGGAGGGAAUGAGGCCGGUACAAAUCGGACUGUCUUCGCCAUAAAAAAUCGGACGUCUUGCCUGUCGUGACUGCCAGCUGGUGGUAUAAGGGGAUCCUAGGGGUUAAGGUCUUCGCUGCAGCUGCUUUCAUUACAAUGUGGAACAUAUACAGCUCACGUCAAUGAGGGAGUGUGGGCUUUGCACUUCAUCCCGAGUCACGCGCAAGCUUCUGCUGCCUCCGUGGUAAUAGUGGUUAUCGUUGUUUUCGAUAGCCAAAGUAAUGGUUUUCUCGGGAAAUUAUUUACUUCAAAUAUCUGCAUGGUGUCCGGUUCAAUUUACUUCAGUUGUAUUAAUUUAAAUAUAGACGAACGCCUUUUGACUCCCUAUUGGUUACAAAAUAUCUAAGAAAAAGCACUGACGAGCAAGAAAAUUCGGAAAAAGAUAUUGUUUACAUCAUUGCACGCAAAGAGUAAACAGCUAUCCGCUGGUCGAAAAAGGUUAAACUCGAACGUCUACUUAUUUAUUUCAAAUAGCAUACUCAUAUAUCGUAUAUGUUACCAGUCGUGUGAGUGUGUACGUGUCUGGUAAUUGAGGGACCUAAUGAGUGUCUACCUUGCGUGUGUGUGAGCAUAUAUUAUGGGUAGUGCCUCUCACUUGACGACUGUUUGGUUGCUCACGCUAAAUUCAUGACCGCAUGUCGCCCGUCUUGGUCAAAAGGUCUGAAAGCGUGUGCUAUGCCAAUAUCCGCAAACCAUGGCCGUCGCAGCCUGGUAUGCGUUGGCAGUUUACUGACACCUGGUUCCCUGCCGGAAGAUGCGCUUACGCCCCCGCCAGGUACACAGGUGGUGGGUAUGGCUGCCUAGUGAUCAUCGUCCUUCUGACCCCUGCUGGGGUGUUGUUGUUGUUGUUGGUCAAAAACCUGCUUAUUUGCUGUGUGGAGCAGGAGUGUGGCGUGGAAUGCUAAGGUGCGGACUCGUCCGCGCCAUCUCUCUGCCCCCUUCUCCGUCUCCGGUCUUCUUGACUCUGUCCCGACACUGGGUCCAGGAGGAGGAGGAGUGCGCUAGAUACAACGCAAGUCUACGAUCACUAAAGACUAACUCACACGCAAGUCACUGUGCCUGUUGCGCUUUGGUGUGGAGCACACGGUGGACAUCGUUGACAACGACGGUCGAACUGUCGUGUGAGCAUGUGACGAGCAUGACCCUCUUAAUUCACAUUGUGCGUUGGACCUAUUUGCAUUAUUUCUGUCGAAAUUUUCAUUGUGUAUUUUUUCCCUUCAGCCGACCACCCCCUCCGUUGCCCCCAUUGUACAGGCAGUUUCCUGACGGCAUCGCACCUGGCCCAACACGUAAAGUUGUGCGCAUUAGGUACAGUCUCGUCGCACUGACGUGUCCCCUUUUGCGGUUUGUCAAGCUGCUACUAUGGUGAGGGGUAUGGCUUUCACGGGGCUUUGCUUCAAACCUUGGAUUAUCGUUUUUAUUUUUUCCACUCUCAACCUCUAUAUUGCGCGUCCAUGAAAAGGCGAAGAAGAGUUAUCCUGUCCGCCCAGCAACUGCUCAACCAACUGGACACCUAAAACGCCCCCGAGUGAAGGAAUAUGCAUGCUUUCGCGGGUUCGCAAGACUCGUAUGCACAGCGGCAUGCUAACCUUCCGUUAAAAGUCGUCCCCGUCAUCUGUUAUGGCUGCACAGAGCCGUUGGCAUCGGUGGAAUAGCCGCUUAGUAUUCAGGAUUGUCAAUCUGACGGGAGAGUGCCCCGCGGCCAAUGUUGCUGCACCCAAUCGCAGCCGAGCCCGCAGCUCAAUGGUUGCGGCAUUGGACUUCUAACAGACAGUUCGCGGGUCCGAGCCCCAGAUGCCCUGUGGACGAGUAGGCCUGGUUGAUGACAGCUGAUAGGUCAGAAGUGGCCGCUCCAGUCUCCAUUGCCUUUGUCAGCAAUCGCAUUCUGCGUAUCUUAAUAGUCGCCGUGCAACUGCCUGCGGUGCCCUAGAUCGAACCCCAAGGCACAACGGGACGAGUAGGUCACGUAGUACGAUCGGUGAGCCGCCCCUGUACCAAUAGUUCUUUAAUUCCUUCUUUGUAGGCAUUUUAUCGUGUUGCCAACACAGUAAUGGUCGUAUAGGGACAUGGCUCAAAGCCACCUGCAACGCAGAAAUGAUAGUAAUGGGAGCCUUUGGGAGGUGGGACAUUGUGUUCUUAAAUACAUAAAAAGGGAAAAAGCGUAUUUGUGCGGCAUUUUUGUCUAAGUACACAAAAAUGGCAUUUUAUAGGAAGGUAUUUCAGUGGAGUACACACAGAGACCCUACUGGCGUUUCUUUGCAAUUUCUACAGUGUCAGGUCCCCCAACCUUCUUCGCGUGUACUUCAUGGUUAUUGCACCGGAGCUGAUGCACUACGAGUUAGGCAUUCAUGUCAGUUUUCAUGCCAAAUGCGACUUUGGUUGCCUCGAGAACUGAACGACAUGCUCGCAUUAACUCCUAUCGAAGGUAAAGACCUAACAUUGGAAAAUCGGAGUAAUUGCUUGUCAUGAACAGCAGGGUAAACACUGGAGAACCCAGCGAUGAGCUGAACCCCUCGCAUCUGGCGUCAUGUAGAAUCACUGCCUCGACGAAUCGUGUCCACUCUUUUUGCAAGCAGCUUGGGGGUGGGGAGGGCGAGGGAAAGUUUGACUGAAGUACUAGUUUUAAAAAGCCAAUAAAUUUGACACUUUGAGAAGUUGAAAUUUUGAUGCCUUCAGACUCAAGUUUCCUAGGUAUGUGUGCUUUCCCGCUGAACGAUUAUAAUGGACGAUACUGCCUCCUCUGUUAUGUAUGAGGAUACUGACCAAUGUGCCUAUUAUUAGUAGGCAGCUCUGGGUGCCUUUACACUCGCGCUUAUCAAGUCAUUUCUGGGUGAUUCUUAGUGACCGAGUUUGGAAAACUUUUGGGUGAAGAGUUGAAUGUGCUCCCACCGCCAGCCGCCCACCCUGCGCGCCUUUCCACUCAAAAAAACAUGCAAUGUCAAAUGUUUCUUCCAGUGACUCUCCUGAACUUUGUCACUUAACGUACGCCCGAGACAGUGGUUGGUAGUCAGUCCUAUGAGCGAACAGGCAUGUUGAGAUGUGUUUGUGUAUCCCCCAUAGCCACUGAACACGACUGAUUUCACCGUGCUUGGUGGCUGUCGGGGACCCGCGAAUUCUGAAAAAUUCCAAGACACUCCGUGAAACUUGAUGCUGACUAGACCAGGCACGACCAAAUCCCUGAGUAAGAUGAGAGUCCAGCGAUGGAAGGAAAAAAAUAUGCUGCUGUUGCUUGAUCGGCUGCCUCUUAACUCGGUGGAAGAGGGCCUCAGUCUGUCAGCGCCGUUUUUCCCCUAUCCCUCUUUACCUCAAGGAUUAGUUUAAAAACCACUGCUUUCAGAUAACAGUUAAUAUACACUUCUUUGUCCACAAGUGCUCCCCUCCGCACUCUACUUGCUAUUUCAUUUUCCAUUUAAUUUAAUUAUCUGUUGAUAUUUAUUUUAGGAGUCUGUGGAUCUGUCGAACAUAAAGAUGAUGACAUUAUUUUGGGGAACCUAAAGAGCUACAACAGCUGA